CUGAAUCGACAGUAAGUUCAGAAGGAACAACCAUAGUUGACACCACAACGGUUUCAAGUUCUAGCGCUCAACCUGAAUCGACAACCAUGGUUGACACCACAACGGUUUCAAUUUCUAGUGCCCAACCUGAAUUGACAACCACGGUUGACACCACAACAGUUUCAAGUUCUAGUGCCCAACCUGAAUCAACAGCAAGCUCAGAAGGAACAACCAUAGUUGACACCACAACAGUUUCAAGUUCUAGUGCUCAACCUGAAUCAACAGCAAGUUCAGAAAGAACAACCACGGUUGACACCACAACAGUUUCAAGUUCCAGUCCCCAGACCGAACCAACAACCACGGCUGAACCGACAACCACAGAUGAUCCAUCUACUAUUACAACUGUUACAACUGGUUCACCGAUCAAGUGUGAGAAUGGUGGAACACCAAAGAAAGAUGGCAGCUGUUGCCUGUGUCCUGCUCUUUUUAGCGGCUGCACAUGUGCCGUUAUUGACAGCAUCAUUAUUCCUGAUAAGUUGGAAAGGACAGUUAACACUGCUAUUGAAGUUAAAAAGCCUUUCCUGCAAGAAUAUAAAAAUAAAUCUUCAGAAGAAUACCAGGAAUUUUCAACAAACUUCACAAAAGAGAUGGAUCAUAUUUAUUCUGCGAAAGUGAAAAACUUCAAAACUGUGGUAAACAUCACUCUCAAGGAAGCUACUGGCUCCAGAGGGAUGUUCUUUGCUGUGCUUCCUACAGACAGACAAUCCAGUGUUAACGCUGAACACGAUAUCGUUGUGGAGGUUCCCAACACUAAGGAGGCUGAGGAGGUCUUCAACGAAACUUUUGAAGAGGUUAAAGUGGCUCUUGAGACUGUUGGAAACUGUUCAUCAUCAGCUCCAGAUACAGGAUCAUGCCCAUCAUUUGGGGUUGGGAAAGUUCAGAAUGCAGUGAAAGUGCCAUUUGAUAAAGCAGUGGUCUGCAGUAAAGUGGAUGCUGAUUUUGUGGACUACUUUGGUCCUAAGGAAUUGGAUGGGGUGCUGAAAUGUGUGUCCCAGUGCGAUGACGCCCAUGACCACACCAAACAGUGCUUCAACCACGGCACCUGUGAGAUACUCAGACAGGGACCCACCUGCUACUGUAAGCAUUCGGAUCAGAACUGGUUCCUGGGCUCUGACUGCCGCAACCCAGUGCACAAGACAGGUUUAUACACUGGCCUGGGUGUUAGCGCCGCCCUGUUGGUGGUCACGAUUGCUGCGCUAUCAGCUUAUAUUGUCCUGAAGCAGAAACGAGUGAAGGACGUGAAGAAACAACUGGUGACGGAGUGGAUGGACGAAGACAUUCAGUGGCCCUCCUCUGACAGCAGGGCAUACACACGUUCAACAGGAGUGAAUGACAACCCCGCCUUCCACCAUGGCCACAUGCAGCAGCAUUCCCGUGGAAACCAGCCCGGCUUCCACAACGGCUUCCCCCCGGCGCCGGGCCACAACAGCCCCAUAGGUGGGCCAGGCUGGUCCGGAGGAGGCCUACAGGAGGGCCCCUCAUUCAGAAACCCCCUGCUGGAUUACCCAGCAUACCCCUCUGCUGCCUCAGCGAGGCCUCCACAGUACGCCCACCCUGCUUACGCAGACCCACAGAUCCCGCUGUACAACCUGCCCAUGUGGAGACAGGCCCAUCUGCGGUCCUCUGUGAGCUCUUAUGAUAUUUAGUGUUUGUGGAGACUGGAUCGUGAGCACUCACUCUCGUAUCAUCACAGCUCCACACUGCUGCUUGGGAAAGAAGCAAAUGAACAUUGAUUUAAACAAAUUGCACAUCUUAAAAAAAAAAACGAUUAGAAAAAUGUCGUUGAACUUGAUCUUAAGUGAGCAGUGUGUGAUGAUGGGUUUCUAAUGGACUACCUCAGUACACUAAACCUGCCUGCUAUGCAAUGCGCACUGGGCCCGUAUUCACAAAGAAUCUUAAGGCUUAACGUAGCUUAAGUAGAAUUUUAUAUUUUAGUAGGUUAUUCAAUUUCAUUAUCCUAAAAACCCAGAGUCCCCCAGGCUUAAUGUAGCUCCUAAACGGUGUGCCCUCUUAUUUACUUAUUUACUUACUUUUUUGUUUACUUGAAUGUUAUGUUUGUCUGUGGACUUAAAUUGGC